AUGUCUCGAUUCAGCAACAACCUAAUCGGACUCCUCAACUUCCUAACCCUGCUCCUCUCAAUCCCGAUCCUCGUCAUGGGCGUAUGGCUCCACAAACAAUCCACCACCGAAUGCGAACGCUUCCUCGAGAAGCCAAUCAUCGCGCUCGGCGUUUUCCUCUUGGUGGUUUCUCUCAUGGGAUUAAUCGGUGCUUGUUGCAGAGUUUCGUGGCUUCUCUGGUUCUACCUCCUCGUCAUGUUCUUACUCAUCGUUCUUGUUUUCGCUUUCACUAUCUUUGCCUUUGUUGUUACUAAUAAAGGGGCGGGUGAAGCGGUGUCGAAUCGUGGGUAUAAGGAGUAUAAGCUUGGGGAUUAUUCGAAUUGGUUGCAGAAUAAGGUUACGGAUGGGGGUAAUUGGAAGAGGAUUAGAAGCUGUUUGGUGUCCGGGAAGGUUUGUGACGAUUUUCAAGCCAAGUUUGGGAAAGAUAGUGUUGAACAAUUUCAUACUGAGAAGUUGUCUGCUCUUCAGUCUGGAUGCUGUAAGCCUUCAGAGGACUGUGGUUUUACAUAUGUGAGCCCAACAAACUGGACUCCCGGAACUGUUAAUUCUACCAACCUUGACUGUAAAGCUUGGAAUAACGAUCCAAAGAUUCUGUGUUUCGAUUGCCAAUCUUGCAAGGCCGGGUUACUGCAAAACCUCAAGACUGAUUGGAAGAAGGUGGCCGUUGUCAACAUCAUAUUCCUGAUUUUCCUGGUCAUUGUAUACUCGAUCGGUUGCUGUGCAUUCAGGAAUAACAGGAAGGACAAUUGGAAGAGAUAUUAA